CAGCCCCCCACACGCCUAACCGGCCUGGCUCAGCUCAACGAGGAGAGGGAAGCACUGCUGCUGCUCAGGCUCCUGCUCCCGCUGCUGAUGUUUUACCCACAUCGAAAUAAAUAAAAAAAACAAAACAGUCCCCGGACAGUCUCCUCGGCGUCUUUUGGGAUGUGUUCACUGGACUUGCUCGGCCGGUAGGAAGCUGUUUUGUGAACCGUUGGCCGAUGUCGCUAGCUAACAACAGCCAGGCACAAAGGCGUAAGCUCGCUAAGGUAGUGCUAGCUAACGUAGCUUGCUAACAACACAACCGGCGAGGACAAGUACAUCCCCUGCGCAGCCCCGACCUGGGUCACUCUCAGCACUCGCUCCGUGGGACAUUUUGUGGUAGCUAUACACUUUAGCACAGACCAAGGGCUUUGUUACAGCAGCCGUUGCUCAUAACUAUGUUAAGUCAAGCUGCAUUUCUUUACGGCUGGGUCGCUGGCUGUAUGUUUUUCAGUUAGCCACGGCAGGGCAUUUGUCUGAUACAGGGAUGGUGUUGGUAGCAAAACAGGCUAACGUUUACUCACUCAGUAUGAAGUGAGUUACAAGUGAAGAAACAACCUAUCGGGAGUUCUCAUUUUUGUUUGUGUUGAUUAUAAUUCCGGUGGAGGGAUAACGCGACUAAUUACUCUGAAACCCCGGGGACAUCGGAAAUCGGAAACAUAAGUGGUUGCAGGGAUUAAUUUUGGUGUCUCUAACUGGAUUUCGGCCUCCUGUUUUGGAUCGUCGUGGGAGCAGAAGUGUGUCGACAUUGAGUUGUCUUGUUUUCGGCCACAUUCAGCAGUGAUUUCCCUCUUCCUCUCCUUCAAUCUUCCCCGGCAACCUUCCCCCCCCUGCUUCGCCCUCCGAUGCGGAGAUUUGAAUAGCACCGGCAACCAAAUCCCCCACGGCGGCCGGACAUGCUGAAGUGUAUCCCCUUGUGGCGCUGCAACCGCCACGUCGAGUCGGUGGACAAGCGGCACUGCAAUUUACAGACUGUCCCCGACGAAAUAUUCCGCUACAGCCGCAGCUUGGAAGAGCUUCUCCUCGAUGCCAACCAACUCAAAGAGUUACCCAAGCCUUUCUUCAGACUACUGAACCUACGGAAGCUCGGUCUGAGCGACAAUGAGAUCCAGAGACUCCCACCUGAGGUGGCCAACUUCAUGCAGCUGGUGGAACUGGACAUCUCCAGAAAUGACAUUCCUGAGAUCCCCGAGAGCAUUAAGUUUUGCAGGGCUUUGGAGAUCGCAGAUUUCAGCGGAAACCCCCUCUCCAGAUUGCCGGAUGGCUUCACUCAACUCCGAGCACUCGCUCACUUGGCACUCAAUGACGUGUCAUUGCAGACUUUGCCCAACGACAUUGGAAACCUGGCCAACCUGGUGACAUUGGAGCUCAGGGAGAACCUGCUGAAGUCUUUGCCCACGUCACUCUCUUUCUUGGUGAAACUGGAACAGCUGGACCUGGGCAGCAAUGAACUGGAAGUUUUGCCGGACACCCUUGGUGCCCUCCCCAACCUGAGGGAGCUGUGGCUGGACCGUAACCAGCUGUCUUCAUUACCACCAGAGCUGGGAAACCUCCGGAGGCUGGUGUGUCUGGACGUGUCAGAGAAUCGUCUAGAGGAGCUUCCCUCAGAGCUGAAUGGUCUCCUGGCUCUCACUGACCUGCUGCUCACACAAAACCUGCUGGAUAUCGUCCCAGACAGCAUAGGCUGUCUGAAACAGCUGUCCAUCCUGAAGGUGGACCAGAACAGGCUGACCCAUCUGACUGACUCUAUAGGAGAGUGUGAAAACUUAACAGAGCUCGUCCUGACAGAGAACCUUUUACAGUCACUGCCUCGCUCGCUGGGUAAGCUGAAGAAGCUCACCAACCUGAAUGUAGACCGCAACCGAUUGGGCAGCGUGCCUAACGAGCUGGGCGGCUGUGCCAGCCUCAAUGUUCUCUCAUUGAGAGACAACCGCCUGGGCAAGCUGCCUGCCGAGCUCGCAGAUGCCACUGAGCUCCAUGUGCUGGAUGUGGCUGGAAACAGAUUACAAAACCUGCCUUUUGCCCUGGCUAACCUCAACCUGAAGGCCAUGUGGCUGGCAGAGAACCAGUCUCAGCCCAUGCUCAAGUUCCAGACGGAGGAUGAUGAGCGGACAGGAGAGAAGGUGUUGACCUGCUACCUGCUGCCUCAGCAGCCCUCCCCCAGCUUAGAGAACUUGCUGCAGAACAGCGUGGAUGACAGUUGGACAGACAGCAACCUGAACAGAGUGUCAGUCAUCCAGUUCCAGGAAGAGACCAAAGCUGAAGAGGAGGAUGACGAGGCUGCCGCAGAGCGCAGGGGCCUUCAGCGCAGAGCCACGCCCCACCCCAGUGAGCUGAAGGUGAUGAAGAAGGUGAUUGAGGAGAGGAGGAAUGAAGCCUACACAUCCAAACCUGAUGGAGAUGCAGAGUCUCCCAAUGGACAGGAGAAGCGGCUCAGUGACCUUUCCAACCAGAGCCACGACUCCCAGGCCUCCAACAGCACGGUGUCGGCCAACUCCCAUGAGGAGAGACGUGGUAUGACUGUCACCAUUCAGGGGGAGGAACUUGUAGAUGGCCACUCCCCACAGGAGGAGGAGGAGCUAGAUGAGAUGGAGGUGGAAUACAUUGAGCCCACUGUGCACUUUGCGGAGGAGCCCAUUAUCCGUGGCGGGGAUGAAGAGGAUGAGGAGGACGGGGAAGACGGUGAGAGGAGUGAGGAGGAAGAUGACAGGCCGCCUUUCCCCACGGAGAAACAGCGCCUGAUCAGGAAAGACACGCCGCACUACAAGAAGCACUUCAAGAUCACCAAGCUGCCCAAGCCUGAGACUGUGGCCGCAUUGCUGCAGGGCUUCAGUCCCGAUGGCCUCAACAACCCGAAUCAGGCUGCUGAGGACGAACAGGAGGAGGAAGAUGAAUGUAUUGUGACCCCUCAACACCAUCACAGAAUGGAGGCGCCAGAGCUGGAAGACAGCCGGCACCUCCAGGUCAACUCCAGUCAAGUCAAGGGGGUGUCAUUUGAUCAAGUCAAUAAUCUGCUGAUUGAACCUGCUCGAAUUGAGGAGGAAGAGCACACCCUGACCAUCCUUCGACAGACAGGCGGCUUGGGUAUCAGCAUUGCUGGAGGGAAAGGAUCCACACCUUACAAGGGGGACGACGAGGGAAUCUUUAUCUCCAGGGUGUCUGAAGAGGGUCCUGCAGCCAGAGCAGGGGUCAAAGUGGGAGACAAACUCCUAGAGGUGAAUGGUGUUGACCUUCAUGGGGCAGAGCAUCACACAGCAGUGGAAGCUCUCCGUAGCUCUGGUGCUACAGUUUCCAUGACGGUGUUGCGCGAACGCAUGGUUGAGCCAGAGAAUGCAAUCACCACAACGCCACUAAGACCCGAGGAUGACUACUUUCCCCGGGAGAGACGCAGCAGUGGCCUGCCCUUCUGCAUGGAGGCAAGUCCCAGCGGGUCCCGGCAGCGGCUCUCCACCUGCCUUGUUCGCAAUGACAAGGGACUGGGCUUCAGCAUCGCUGGGGGCAAGGGCUCCACGCCGUACCGCACAGGGGAUACGGGAAUCUACAUCUCUCGCAUCGCAGAGGGCGGGGCAGCCCACAGAGACAGCACGCUGCGUGUAGGCGACAGGGUGAUUUCUAUCAAUGGUGUAGACAUGACAGAGGCCAGGCAUGACCAGGCAGUAGCUCUCCUUACCGGCACCUCCCCCACCAUCGCCCUUCUGGUGGAACGAGACCAGGCCUCAGCAGGGGGCUCUCCGGGCCUGUCCCGGGCCCGGGCCCACUCCCCUCCACCCCCAGAACCUUCCGAUUCUCCAGACCAGGAGGACCCCACGGAUGAGCGCCUCUCCUCACAUGGGAACCACCUGAGCCGCCUGGAGGACGAAUACCCCAUUGAGGAAGUGACCCUGAUGAAGUCAGGUGGUCCUCUAGGUCUGAGCAUUGUGGGAGGCAGUGACCACGCCAGUCACCCAUUUGGCAUCAAUGAACCUGGGGUGUUCAUCUCAAAGGUUAUUCCUCAUGGUCUGGCAUGUCAGAGUGGACUGCGUGUUGGAGAUCGGAUAUUAGAGGUGAACACCAUCGACCUGCGUCACGCCACACAUCAGGAAGCUGUGCGUGCCCUGCUAGCCAACAAGCAGGAGAUCCGUAUGUUGGUGCGCAGAGACCCUUCACCACCUGGCAUGCAGGAAAUAGUCAUCCAGAAGCAGCCAGGGGAGAAGCUUGGCAUCAGUAUCCGAGGAGGGGCCAAGGGUCAUGCAGGAAACCCGUUUGACCCCACAGAUGAGGGCAUCUUCAUCUCUAAGGUGAGCUCGAAUGGAGCAGCUGCGAGAGAUGGCCGUCUGCAGGUUGGCAUGCGCAUCCUUGAGGUGAGCAACCACAGCCUGCUGGGGAUGACACACACGGAGGCCGUGCGUGUGCUUCGUGCCGUGGGAGAUACCCUGGUCAUGCUGGUGUGUGAUGGCUUUGACCCGCGGCAAGUGUCUUCUGUGGAGGCAUCACCUGGCAUCAUUGCCAACCCAUUUGCAGGUGGCAUUGUUCGUAAGAACAGCAUGGAGAGCAUCUCUUCCAUAGACAGAGACCUGAGCCCAGAGGAGAUGGAGAUCAUACAGAAGGAAUCUGAGAUGGUGAGGGAGACAUCACAGUGGGAGAGAGAAGAGAUGGAAAAAGUGGAGCGUAUGCGCUUGGAGCGUGAGGAGGCAACUCGCCUGCUUGAAGAGGAGACAGAGAACAUUGGCACUGGGCCUCUAAAGCUGGACUACAAAACACUCGCUGCGCUGCCCACCACCAGUCUGCAGAAGGUCAACAGGUUCUCUCCUUCUGUAAGUCUGACUGCACCCAUGGAGGCCCCCCUGCAGGCCCAGUGCAGAGCCCCAUUAGAGCCCCUGGGCUUUGGCCUAGGCCACAUCACUAAACCCCUCUAUCACAUGGAUCCCCAGUCCUGCCCCACUCUGAAUCCUGAGAGCGAGCAUCUCCAUGGCAUCCAGCUUUCUCCAAAUGGGACCUCAACCUGUCAACAAUCCAGCUCAACAACACCUAAUUCAACAUUAACACCCAUAACUGCUGAAGAUGAAGAACAGGAAUGUCUGGUGGACUCUCAACCUAUCUGCUUUAAGGAGAACCCCUUCCUUGUGGCAAAUCGCAGAGGAAAGGGUCUUCCCCCUGGAGAGCAGAUCCUGUCGGGGCCUCCUGUGGGGUAUGGGAGGCAGGGCCAGCUGCAGCCCUGGGUGUACAGCAAGGCACCUUCCUCUGAUCUCGUGAGGACAGACAGCCCAAUCAGGGAUGUCUCCUACUCUCCCACUAUCCAGCCGGCAAGCAUUCAUUACACCUCCACUCCCACUGCCAAGGAGAACAGUCCAUCAUCAACACGCCCAGGUGCCAUCCAGCCAGUUGGGCGCAUGCGGCCAAGCACCUCCCCUGCCACUCCGGACGGCCACAGUCCCAACCCCUUCCAGCAUGGCCCCUCCCCCAUCAACUCCCAGACCUCUCCUCGCGCCCCCUCCCCCACCUCGCCCGAUGAGUUCCCCAUGAAUGUCAAGCAGGCAUACAAGGCGUUCGCCGCCGUGCCUCACUCGCUGGCAGUGCUGGAGCCGCCACAGGACCUGUAUGGUGUGAGGAACAAUGUUCACCCCAAGCAGUCUUCUCCAGAGCCUGAGUUGCACAACGAGGUGUUUGAUGAUGGGGUAGAGGGUCAUGAGGGAGCUGGCAAGGGUCUGACUGGCAAGAUUUCGCCCCGACCCUCCCUCUCCUCUGACCGGCGGGAGUAUAUGAGCCUGGCAGCAGUGCCUCGCCUCUCCAGGCCUUCCCUGGACCUGCAGACUCCUUCUCCUGGUGGUAAGGACAGCCCAGAGCAACGGUCUUUCAGGGACAGACAGAAGUAUUUUGAGAUCGAUGUGAAGCAGCAGACGCUGGAUAAACCCAAACCUCGUGUUUCCCUCGUUGGAGAGGACGACCUCAAGAAAAUGAGGGAGGAAGAAGCGAGGAAGUUUGAGCAGCGGGCGCGGGAGUACCUGCUGGAUGAGGACGAGGAAGAUGAGGAGGAGGAGGACCUUGCGAAGCAGGUGGCACAGAUGAAGGCCACAGGCAAGGUGCUGCUAGAUGGAGUGGAGUACAAAGUGGAGCCGGUGUCCACUCCAUCCAGACACUGCUCCACACCACCAAGCUACAGUGUCACACCACCCAGCUACUGCGGCAGCUCAGGGCCCUCCUCAGUAGAUGGCAAAGGAGACUCCCAGAGGAAUUCACUGGAGGAAAGCUUUAGGUUGGAGCAACGGCCCAAUUCGAUGACUGGUUUGAUCCCAGUGUACCCCGGGGAGUCGGCAGCUCCCAUCCGCACAGCCAAAGCAGAGCGCAGACAUCAAGAGAGAUUGCGUAUGCAGAGCCCUGAAUUGGCUGUAGCCCCCGACAAGGACCUGUCCCCUGCCGAGAAACGAGCUCUGGAGGCUGAGAAGAGAGCCAUGUGGAGAGCAGCACGGCCAUACGGUCUAGAGGAGGAUGUUAGGCAAUAUGAGCAGGACCUGGCUAAGAGGCUCUACCAGGCCCGAGUGAGGGCAUCUCAGGGCUCGGCUGCUGCCCCCCAGCCCCUCACCACCUCCUCUACUUCCUCCUCUGCUGCCUCCCAGCUCAGAAUGAAGUCUCUGGAGCAGGAUGCACUGAAAGCUCAGAUGGUCAUCGCCAAGUCUCGGGAAGGGAAGAAGCGUGGCACACUAGACCAGCUAGCAGAGUCACCCUCACCGGCCCCCACGCCCUCUCCCACCCCUCUGGAAGAGCUCAGUCCUCGAGGAUUAACCUCACCUGGCAGGCUGUCCCUGUCGUCAAAGAAGUUUGACUACCGACAGUUUGCUGCCAUUCCUUCUUCCAAACCCGUAUACGACAUCCAGUCCCCUGACACAGUGGAAGACAUUCAGUUCAUUGACGAUGGCUCCAGCAACCCAGUGCCCGCUGCGAGUCCCGAGGCCGAGGUCCCCGCCCCCCUGCCCGCCACCUCAGCCCUGGAGGAGAUGGCGCUCUACAGCAACAAGCGCAAGCUGAGGCAGGGCCGUCGCAGCCUGGAGACCGCCGUGCCCACAUAACACCUCACACACCGCGGGGGGAGAAACCUGAAGCUAUAACGCAAACACACACGCAUUUACACACACUGUGGAUACGCUGAAAAACACACGUGCACCCAGACGAGGUGCAGAGUCAUGAAACACUACACACAGUGUCAGUAGAUUGAGAGCAUCGUUCUCCCAUAUGUAACCACUGCAGAGACUGCGAAGCUGAAAAUCACCACACACACAUUCACGCACUCUUAGUCAUGUCCUGCGUGCCAGUCUUGCCUUUACAGUCUGCGGAUGAGUUGGCGUGGAGAUUGUGCCCAACAUCCCAUUAGGGCAAGAAAAAGAGCUAGUGUGGUUAGCUAGCAUUACUACUUAAAGACCAUUCUCAAUUUUUUUUUUUUUUUAAUUUUACACUCAGUUUGCCUACUAGAAGCUGAAUUAUGGUAACAGGAGGUGAUUGGAUAUUUUUAUUUUUGCACCUCCACUGAUUUUGCUGUUUAGAAAAAAAAAUACAGAAAAUGAAAACAAAAUACUGGAAGAAAAAAGAUGAGUCAUAGCUGUACUAACUUUUCGAAUUAUAUUUUUGAGGCUUUCAGUGAAUAGAUUGUAAAAUGUCAGGUUUUUUUUUUUUUUUUUCUAGAAUUGUUCACGGGGAGGAGUGUACAUAUUGAGUGAAUAGGGAAACAUCCUGCUACCUUCACAGUCACAAAUGUGCAGAGCAUUUUAUAGAGAACACUACAUAUCGUUAUUGCACUGCCACUAAUCAGCUUUUUAAGAAAUUCUAUCUCAAGUAAUUUAUUCUGUUCUUUUUCUAAUCAUGUCACUCAAAUUGAAGGCCUUCUGUUUUACACUGUUGUAAAACCCCUGUCCUUUUUAGCACAAAGGAUGCUUGACGCGUAUCAUUAUUUAUCAUUAAGAAUUUAUCAGUGAUACGUGUUUUUUGUUUUUUUUUAAGAAUCAAGACUACACAGCUUUUAAUGAGUGAAUGAAUGGCAUAUCACUUUCCUAUCAUUAUUCUGUUUUUGUUGCAUUACUGGGGUUUUUGGGAGGCGAGCAUCUUUACAAAUGAGCAGAGCUUAGCUGUUGCACAUCAGCCUCACAUGCAGGUGUGAAACAUGGGUGUGUCUAGACCUUACUGCUGAUAUCUCUAGAGGGUCACAUUAAAUGUUUUGUCCCGAUAUGCUGAGGCGUACUUUCGUCUCAGCUCCCGUUCUGUUGCAUUCCCUUUGUAGAGGAUGUGUCUACACUGGAGAUAAAAGCAUUGAGCAGGCAUUUUUUUUAAAUCAAUAUUCAUUAUUUAAUUAAGUAACCAUUAAUAGUAAUGGGUCAAAAUUUUAGGAAUAUCCAUUUUCAGCACACUUAUUUUAUGGUACUCUCCCUGCCCUUUGUAGGGUUUUAUGUCUCAAUGUGAAUCUCACUCAUUUCUGUCUGUUCAUAUGACAUGUGAAGGUAGCAGGUGUUUUUUUUUUUUUUUUUUUUUAAUCUGUCUUUGGUUAAUUUAAAUCUGAUGCCACUGAAAAAUCCUUUAUUGUUGUGUGAAUAAUGUAAAAAAUACUGAACGGAAAGCAAACUUUAGGUUUGAAACUGAGCCAGUCUUGGCCCACACCAAGCAAGCGUCUGGACUGCUCCCGCACCUGGGUUUGGGCAGGCUUGGUCCCGGGACGCUCUCUGCAUGUAUAUUGGUUUAUUAACGGGAGAGCCUCGAGAGGCAGAAGCGAUCUGUAAUCCCUUCUCAAGACAUCUGUCUCCAUCGGUCAUUCGAUUCACUGCUUGACUCGCUGUCAGUUUAUGCAUCUGACGGGUAUUUUGCAGAAUCACAACACAGUAGCAUACCUGUUAAUUUAAUGUAGGGUCUACUAAUCAUAGCUUUCCAUGUUGCUCUCACUGACUGAAAUUCAGUUUGGUUGAUAACAUUUGCGAAUGGCUGGUAUCUUUUUUUGUUUUCUUUUUUUUUUUUUUAUCUUACAGUAGGUAAACCUUUAUUUUCCAGACAAGUGGGAUUCACUACAUUAUUAAUGCAGUGUUUCAACUUUGUGUUUUUCUUUUGUCUUGAGUUCUCUUUGGGGGCUAUUACUUCCAAAUAGGUUGGAGGGCCAGGGUCAGAAGUGCUAGGGUCAAGGGUUAGAGCUCAUACAAGACUGUAACUAGUGAAUUUGUACAACCAAAGAAGUCUAUUUUGUGGUUCAGGAAUAAUAAAUUUUACUUUUCAUUUAACAAGCUGA